CGCCAGCCAUAUUAAAAAAAGACCAACCCAACCCAUCUUCAUAUCUUAACAAAGACCAUCAAUCAUCUUUGUCCUAUGGCUAUUCAUCGCUAUCUCCCUACAUCAAUCACUCCACGACAUCUCUUGCAAAGUCUUAAAGCAAUUCAUUCUAUCCAAGCCCACACACCUACAUCGGUCAAGACAAGAAGAGUAAAGAUGUCGCCAAUUAUAGUAGAACCUCUAACACUUCCGAAAACCUCGGGUGUCAAUUUCGGCGCCAUCGUCCGCAAUGCAAAUAUCAACAAUCUCACUGGUAAGAUCUGUACAAUAUAUUAUGUGAUGGAACUGUCUGAAUACACGUAGUGGGAGAAUACCCGUAAAAUCGGUAACCUCCUUUGGUAAGCUACUUGACUACCUCGUACUUGUCGGUAGUAGCUGACCAUGGUAUUAGAUUCCGACUUUGGUAUCAUUCGCGAUGCCCUCUUUGCCCACCAAAUCCUCGUCUUCAAGGACCAAGGUGGCACCUCGCCCAAAGCCCAGUUUGAGUUAACGCAGAGGUUUGACCCUGCUGGCACUUCCUACGGCCACGGUAAGACAAUUGACGCCAAGCGGAGUAUCUUACACCCGGAUCUCAAGACAAUUCCCCACCAACCACAGGUGCAAGUUAUUGGAAAUGGUUUUGUACCGGAGUAUGAGGGCUUAAAAAACAUUAAACUUAAGCAUCCCCAUCACAAGACUUUCCAUGCAACUACCAUUCCGGCAGAAGAGGACCUUGACUUCACUCGCUUCUACCGAUGGCAUAUUGAUGCUGCUUUAUAUGGGCUUGCUCCUCCCAUCGUGACCACCCUGUUCGCGGUCAAAGUUCCAAACGGCCGCCGCCAAGUUUGUCGCUAUGAUGAUGGGACUGGUGACGAAUUGGAAGUUCCGCUAGGCACUACCGCAUUUGUGUCUGGUUACUCGAUGUACGAUCUCCUAUCCGACGCUGAUAAAGAAUUUGCACGGACCACGCGGAUUGAAUACGCGCCCCACCCAUACAUUUGGAUUAGUAGUGCGAAAUCUCGUUCUGAUGGAUUGGGUAUGAUCUCUCAGGGAUUAGAGGUCUCCUUUGAAGACUUACCGCCAAUCCAGCAGGACAUGAUUCAGGUCCUCCCUCUCUGCUGGCGAAACCCUGUCACGGGGAAGCUCGCCCUUCAGGUACACCCAUCUCCUGUUCGAAGACUUCACCUGGCGGACGGAACUACUAUUGACGACCUCGCCGAAGUCCGCGAAAUCAUCCAUCGGUUGCAACGUCCCGGAAUCGGGCCCAAAAUGGUCUACGCUCAUGAUUGGGAGGAAGGCGAUUUUGUGUUGUUCCAUAAUCGUGGGUUGCUUCAUUCUGUGGUUGGAGCCUUUGCAGAGGACGAGGUUCGAUUGUUCCGACAAUGUAAUAUUGCAGCAAGUCACUUCCCCGAAGGCCCUUAAGUAGGGCAUCGAUAUGUACUAUAUGACCCGUAUCGUUUUUUAAAUUGUUAUGAUUAGGGGUCUUACUUUUAUCGGUUACGAGCGACUUUUAUAUAGACUAAUGGCAUAUGUUUCCUUUGAAAG